UUUCGCAAGGCUGCCCGGCUUUAUAACAGCGGGGAUGCGCGGGGUGACUCCCGGCAGAUUUCUCAGCCGGCUUGAGAGCGAGGAGGCAGCGGGAGGAGGCUGCAGCUCGUCCUUCCCGCAAUGAUUUUCCUCCUGCAGCAUUUCUUCCUGCUGGCCGUAGACUUAGUGCUCGCCAUGACCCUUUCCUGCCUCUUGUACGCCAUGGCCUGCAUUUCCAUCGCCUUCCUGACCUGCUUCGUUAUCAUCUUCUCCUUCGGCACCGUGGAGAGGCACAUUGAUGUGAAAGGGAAAGCGGUUGUGGUUCUUGUGUCCAACAGUUCCAUUGGGAGGAUGUUUGCCAGGAACCUGGAUAAAGCAGGUUUCAGGGUGUCUGCUGCACAUUGGCCCGCCCGAGAGAAGGGGACAGCUACAGAGGAGUGCUCCUCAAACACGGAGGUGGCCCAGCUCCACAUGACUGAAGACGAGUAUCAGAAGGCAGUGAAAACCUUCGUAGAAAGCCACUUAGCCCUGAAAGGCAUGUGUGGGACGAUGAAGAAGCCGUCGAUCCUCAUUUGGGAAGAAGGGGCACCAGACACGUGUGGGUCACCUGAGACAAGAACCUCCUGGGAACAGAAGAAAGCUCUCAAGGCUCCACGUAGGAACUGCUUAUUGCAGCCAGUUCUCUGUGUCACAGUCCUCUUUCGCCCACUGACCUGGGCCCUGACUGUCCUGAGGAGAAGCCCAAAGCUCCUUGUGCUUCUGCUGAAGCCCAAAAACUGAGAGGAAGGAAACAUCUGGAGCACUACAUGGUAACACUGUCAUGCCACAAGGAAAAGUGCUAUGGGAAGGAGCAUAGCUGGGAUCAGAAGUGACAAACUCCUGGCAGCAGAGGAUUAUGAGUCGUGACUUCAAUUGCCAGACAAUGAAAAACUGUGGAUGAAGACAGAAAGCACCUCUGGAACUGUGAGAAAGGUCUCCAAUUCCUUUGCAAGUCUAAUCUGUAAGAGAACACGGAGACAGGGAAAUUUUGGGUUGUACAAUACAAUGCUGUACUGAACACACUGGGAUAUGCACAGAGGAAAAGACAUCUGAGGUGAAAGGAAAUAAAGGAAUAACUCUGCUGGGAAGAAAAACGCUAGGGCUUGGUUUUCAUUAUUUAAAGCCACAACUCAGAACUGUCUCACUGAUGAUAAGAGAUGUCACCCACCCAGGGAGCUGGAUUCAGAGAGGAAAAGAGAAGCUUUCAAAACAGCUUCUAUAAGACAUUAAACCAGCUUAAUAUCAAGCCAGACUGAAAACAAACAUUUUAAUACCAGAACAUCAAAGCAUUGAGAGAGAACAUGCUAAAGCAGAAAAAUCCUGAAUUAAAAGCUUGGGGUUUUGGUCUUUACACGUUUGGCAAGUAAUCAAUUGGAUGAAUAAUGCCAAACCCAUAUAUUCUGCAGAAUGUCCCCAGAAAUGUUUCCUUUAGCCAGAGCCCUGCUUUGAGCCGGAGUUGUCAACUCCCUCAGUGCACAAUCCCAUUCUGUGCACACAACACUGUGCAAUUUCAGCUGAUCACCAUUAUUUUCUCCUCCAAAUUAUUGCAGGGGCUGUGUGGGGGCUGUUGCUUUUCCCCCAAGGACUGUCACUCAAAGGAUGGCCCCUGCUUGUACACACAGGAGUAUUCAUGGUCUGAAAUUAGGGACAUUAUGUGAGCAAAGCUCCUGAAGACUUCAGUGGAAGUUUAGCUUGCCUGAGGACUCAGGGAUGGCCUACAUUUGUUUAUAAAGCUUCCCAGUCCACUGGGAUACAGGGAUACUGUGUGCAAGCAUAAAAUUAUGACUGUGAGGCAAUACCACCAGGAGAUAAAUUAUAAUAUAACUGCACUUAAAAGUAUGUUUAACACAAAUUAGUUAUAUCAAACUAACACUGAAGUUAUAGACUGCUGAAGCUGACUAAGGGAUCUGAAUGCCCAGAUGCUUUUAAUUUGAGUGGGAAUGAGGGAUUUGAAUUCCUUAAAUAGUCUUGAAUGUUUCAUCACUAACGUAUAACACAUAAAAAAGUAAAAAUUAAAGUAACUGGCUCUCUUCAGGCCUACAAAUCCAGCCAAAAGAUUUUGCCAACAUCUUUUGGGACACAUCCCCUCAGUCAUCCUGUCAUUAAAAUUAAAGGUUCAGAAAUUCCUGAAAGGGUUCCAAAUUUGGAUGAAAAUUUUCAGGGGGAAAAACCCCAAUUCCAACAAAUGUUUUUUCAGUAGAUCAUUUUGAUUAAUUUAAUAAAAAUGUAGUUGGGCUAUAAGUCUGCCUAAAGAUAAAAAGCUUUAGCACCAAAUCCUGUGUCCUACAACUCAGAACAGAAACAACUGAUGACCCAAGACCUGUUCUUUCUCCCCACUCUCAACUGCAAUACUUCCAUUUUUUAACCUUUUUAAGAAAGCAUGGAAUUGGACUUCCACUGCAACACAUUUUCCUGGGCAGCACUGUAAAAUUAUUGCCUGGCAGAACCAAAACGUUAGUGGUGAUGGAGGAACAGGGGGAAGCUGGUUACACGAACACAACCUUCCACCAUUUUAAAUUAUGUUAAUGAUCUACGGGCCAAUAUUAUUCCUUUAUGGAUGCCUGAAGGCCUGUCAAAAGAUAUUAAGAGGGCAUCUUCCUGGGUUGCCUGCAGUCUCUCUCUAUUUUGGGGACACUUUUCUCCUGGCUUCCCUCUCCAGAGCAGAGGUCAUUCCCACAGACACCUCCACUGAAGCCAGAGCCCAUCCACCUCCACAGAGAACACUGGGAGGUGUUUAGGGCGGCCUGAGGCAACAAAUUUCCCUUCAUUGUAUUCAAGGAAAAACAUUCAGGGGAGGACAAAGAGGAAGGAGAGGGCAGGGAAGCAAAAUAAUGAUUAGUGUAAUGGGAUUUGCUAUUCUUGUUAAUAGUUUAAUCAAUACAAACAUUACCAGAACCCUCUUACGUGCUUGCCAUGCUUUAUAUUUAGCUCAACACUGGUAAGCCAGGGUUAGUAUUGUCUGCAUCUCUACUACUCCACUUAAUUCUGCAACAGAAAAAAAGGCAAGGCUGGGAUUUUCUGUGCCAAAAAACCCAGCCAUGCACAAGUGCCCGUGCCAUGGUGUGUGUCCUGUUGUGCUGGAUACACCAGACACAUGAUGAGGAGAGGAUGGGUCUCAGGAAAAGUGAGACUUGCUCUGGAUGAGCAAGUGGUUGGUGCCACAGUGGCUUUGCUGAGUUUUGCCCCAGAGCAGCUUCAUUUGCUAUUUCUUACCAUGUCAUUUGUGAGGUACUGUUGGUGUCAUCCCACAGGAUGUUCUAAGGAGCCACAGGCCUUCCUAACAGUGCUUAUUCCUUAGCUUGAUUACAGGCAGAGAGAGAAAGUUUGCCUUAACUUUUGCUUUCAUCUCUCUAAAUAGUGCUAAAACCAUGUAUAAACAUCCUCCUGGUGUAUCAGCAUAAAGCUCAUUUAAAAGGUUUAUAACUGACUUUGAAAUAAGCUGAGAGAAUCUCCAAAUUGACAAGAGCAAAGGCGGGGGGGGAAGAAAUAAUCUCUACCAAAGGCAGAUUUCCCUGCAGAACAGCCCUUCCCCACUGCAGAGCCUGAGGGGAGGGGAGCACUUCUCCCAUCCAAAAUCCUGUCCCCACAACCUCCCAACAGGGGAAGCUGUGCCAUUUAUAGAUGCUCAUCUGUAACAGCGACUGCCACAGGCAGCAUCUGCCCGAGGAGCCUGGAUUCCAUGUUCCAGAGCACGGGAACUCUGAAACGUGUAGUCACAAGAUUAGUUUGCUAUAAUGUGUCUAAUUUAUUUUGGCAUUUCCUAGGGACACAAAAAAAAAAAAAAAAAGGCAAAAAAUAACUAUGGGCAGUGCUGUUGUAUCAGCUCUGAGAAGCAUGAAAAAACCACAACUGCAAAAAACAAUGUCUUCUGGGGGGAUGGGUUAUUUUGGCCUUUGAAAUAUUAUUUUUUUUGAAAAGAAACAACUCACAACUUCCCAUUGUGCCUCUUGGAUGCACUUUGCACUUCUCGGUGUCACAGGUCAACUCGUGCCCAAGGCAAAGCCUGAAAUACCUUUUCCCACUGGACCUCCAAGGCUGUCACCACACAAACAUAUCCAAAAAGAUGCAAACACUGACAACUCAGCAACACAGGAAAAGUCACAUCCUUCCAAUGAGAAUUCAAAUAAUAAUUCCAUCUUGCUUAGGGCCAGCGGAACAAGCCUCAAACACUGAUCAAAACCUUAAAUACCCACUGCUGUGGCUGAAUCUUUGUGUCAGGAGAAGUUUCCCACUCCUUUCCCUCUUUUCCAGUGUGUACCAGAGCCUGCCCCCUGUAUGGGCAGCACAGUGACACUGCCAGAGCAUUACAGAGUGUGACAUGUGGAAAGGAGGGAAUGCCAAGGGGUCUGGGGUCCUAAUCCACUGUUCUGGGAGCCACUUAUAUGCCAGACAAGCUUUGGGUGACUCUGCUGACCCAUCAUCUCACAAUAUUUGAACCUCAACAUCCCUGUCAAGGCUUACAUGCAAAU